ACCAUACCAAAGACACCACCUAAGUAUCCAAUGCACUACUGCUAAACUGUGUGAGCACUUUAACCUUUGAAUAUGGGGAGUCUUCAACUGAAUUCCUAUGGAUUAGCUUCACUCAGAGUCUCAACUAAAUUCAACAAAAAAAAUAACACUACCUGCAAUAUCAUGAAAUGGCCUAAACGUCUCAGCUUCUCUGGAGGAACAACAAUCAAAGCUGUUGGAACAAUCCCAGAUAGUACUGACUCAGAAACUACAGAAUCUGAAGAACCACCUGCUGUCAAUUUCGCAUUCGUUAGCUCUGUAUUGCUUCCUGACGGAACGCCGGAUGUCCAUUUUCGUACAGCUUGUGGUGGGCAGAAGCUAAGGGACAUCAUGUUGGAUUCUAAUAUUGAGCUCUAUGGGCCUUAUUCUAGGCCUCUGCUAAAUUGCGCGGGAGGAGGAACUUGUGCGACAUGCAUGGUUGAGGUUGUCGAAGGAAAGGAACUCCUAAGCCCUCGAACAGAAAAAGAGAAGGAAAAACUCAAAAGGAAUCCGAAAAAUUGGAGACUUGCUUGUCAAACCAUGGUUGGUAAAGCAGAUUCUAGAGGCCUGGUUUGUUGUCAUUCAACAAUUGCCUGAGUGGAAAGGACAUGAAUGGAAUUAUGACAAAGAACCCCCUCCACAACCUUGAUAUGAUUUUUUUUUUCUUUUAUUUUUUUGACAUUGUAUAUCUUUAAAAAAAAAAAAAUCAAGUAUAUUUGCUCUGGAUUAUGAUGAGAAUCAAGAGAUUUACUUGAUGAUUUAACAUACUAUGGCAAUUUUAAGAGAACUAAGUACAUUUGUUAUACA